UGGGGAUUUUGCUGUGCAAUUGUACAAUAAAUUUAGUUAAUCACAGGAAAGCAAAGCUGCUGCGUACAUGCGCGCUGCCACUCUUGGGCACUUCAGCCCAAGGCCGUCCAAUGUUAACCUAACCUGCAUGUCUUUGGACUGUGGGGGAAACCGGAGCACCCGGAGGAAACCCAUGUGGACACGGGGAGAACAUGAAAACUCCACACAGAAAGGCCCUCGCCGGCCACGGGGCUCGAACCCGGACCUUCUUGCUGUGAGGCGACAGUUAACAUGAACACAGUAUACCGGUAUUUAAAUGUCAAAAACUGUCAAGUUCCACAAACCUGAGAACAUCCUGUGUGGUCAACGGACUUUCACCAGAGGGAAAUUCCAGGGUUGACACAAGCUCAUGUGCUGCAAUCUUCUUUAACGCUUUUACCGUCUCACAUUUUCAACUACUGCAGCAGGCAAAAUGACUCUCCACCAGUUCACAGUUCGGUGUUCUGUGCUGUGUUUGGUGGUGUUUGCUGUUCGGCUGGCUGAGUCUCAGGAACUUCUCCCAGCUCCAAGUCUUUCAUUUGAUAAAGUGAACCAGAGUGCCAUUAAGCUGUACUCGCGCAUAAACAUGGUCUGCACAGUUCCAUACAGCGCCAGGAAGCCUGUAGAGGUGCUCCUGUCUCAAGCUGAUGCCACAAACAAUUCGUUGCCCUUGUUGUCCUAUAAACUUCAAACAUCACUUCCAGUGAUCUUCACGGUCUCAGUGCAGCCUGAAUUUGAGACGGCUUUCGUCUGCUGGUACAGAAAUAUGUGGACCAAAGCACAGUCUGAGUUCAGCAAACCCAUCAACUUAGUCAUAUCUGCUCUGUUUGACCCCAUUUUGAUUCUCUUUCCACCUGUGUUUCCUGUGGGGGCAAAGUACAUCAUGCAGUGUGAAACACCACAGACUGGCUACAUAAACACCACAUUGAACGUGUACGACCGUCUCCUUCCCAUCAGCCCUGGCAAAGAGUCGUUCAGAUAUGUUGGAUCACGAGAUCUCGCUCCAGGGGAAUGGGGAGCCUCAAUCACGCGAAAAAACGCCGGAGAAACGUACGAGUUUAUCUGUGAAAUGGAAGUGUUCUUCAAUGGAAGAACCUUGCGCUCCAGAUCCAAACUCAUUACAGCCAUGCCAGAGGAGCUCCCGGUUCGUCUGGUUCCCCCAAAUUUUCGUUCAGGGACCUGUUAUGGAAAUGCAGUUGUCAAAGUGAGAGAUGAUUGGAGACCCUUUUGUUUUAUGUCCAAAAUCUCUAAGACUCCGGCUGACAUCAUUUGCAGAGAGCUUGGCUGUGGACGUGCGAUAUCCCAUAACAGGCUUACUGAUAAAUCUCCAGAUGCUAUAGGAACACCAAACUGCACAGGAAAUGAGAAGAAGAUCGCAGAGUGUCCUUUCAGUUCAGCAGGUUUAUGUGACCAAGGGACACUCAGCAUCAUCUGCUCAGAGGCCUUUCCUCCUCCGAAGCUUUCUCUGUCCGAACGCAAUACGGCUUCACAUGUGUACAUCAAGACUGAGGAGUCCGUGACCCUUGAAUGCGCUUUUGAAUCAUCUGCAAUUAAUUCUGCUUACAUCACCUUCACACACAACGGAAAUGACCUUUACACCACCAGAACCCAACCAGGAUACAAAGUGGAAAGGAGGUUAUACAACCCAGUGACUGAGGGACAGUACGCCUGCUACGUACAUACACUAUCAUCCAGCGAGGUCAGGACAGAAAACAGCAACGUGAUAGGCAUCUACAUUUAUAAUCCUCCACCUGCUGGAACAAUCGCUGGUGGCAUCAUCGCCACAAUCAUAGGUGUACUAAUCCUUGUACUCCUCUGUAUUUUUGGUGCCAGUAAACAAGACACUGAGCCUGGAUCAUAAAUGAGCAGCAACAACACGAUCCCACCAUACGGGGCACUGGAGAGCACAGGGGCAAAUAUCCUUCAAGUGUCGUACACCAUUCCAAGAUUUUCAAUGUCACAUGGAUAUUAUAUUAAUAAAUCUGUACGUGGGCUGAUUCACAA